AUGGCGUCACCCUCCGCACAGGUCUUUGCGCGCGAGGCGGCCACAGCAACGAGCGCGAUGGACGGCCGGGUGCCAGAGGAGGAGCACACUACGACUAACGGACGAUCACUGUUCAUCUUGUCGCUUCUGCUUUGCAUCCUCAUUGGCGUAUUCUUUCGUUCCAUCUUGCCACGUCUUCCCAGGCUCGUGCUGAGGGGCCGAUUACGCGUCAAGAGACUGGGCCUUCGAGGUGUGCGUGGCAUCGAGUGGAGGUCGAACGGAUUCAAGAGUAGGCGGCAGUUCAACGGACAAGCUGGGGAUGGGUUGGUGGUGCGUGUGCAGCACAUAUACGUCGUCUUUCAUGGCUGGUCUGGAAGAUCCUCGGCAGAUGCGAGCACCAACGACUCGGGAGCGCACUCACACGAGGACGCGUCCCACAGGCCUCGCGCUUCCAGCUCUGCCGAGCAGCAUACAGGUGA